AUGAGUUUUACCAGGAUUGAGAUUCACGUCGCUCGCAGGUUCAAGGCGUUCUCACUGCGGCAAAAGUCUGAGAGCAAGCUCAUUAAGAACAUGCGACGCCGGUAUGGAAAGAAUUUUUCGGUCAUCUUGGGUGAUUGGAGCGAUGCUGGUAAACAAUGCGCUUUCAGGAGUCAUCGAAGACCAAGGGGUGAAUUCCGCACACUCUUUGCGAGAAACGGCAUUCCAUGCUACUUGCUGGAUGAGUAUCGAACGUCGUCCGUGUGCCCCGACUGCCACGGCCGUGUGAAGAAAAACAUCCGACAGCGGCUGUCAUCUCGGCCAUGGCAAGCUAGAAAGGGAAGAAUGGAAUACGUCCAUGGAUUGGUGGGUUGCCCCAACCCCGAAUGUAUCAACCAAGACUGGACACCAUUUGAGAUUCCUGGAAGACGACCACUACGACUACGGAUGAGAGUGCACAAUCGGGACGUCCUGAGCACCAAGAAUUUCCUCUCGAUUGUGCGUUCGGUGGUGUUUGGCAAUGGCCGCAGACCAGACGCAUUCUCCCGUAACCGGUAG